UGGGUGUAAGGAAGCGACGAAAUUGUUGGGUCUCACAGGUCUUCGGAUAUUUUCCCUUUUAAUCGUUAAAAUUAAUAACUGGAUGUUUUCUAGUGUACUUGUCACAAGCUAUUUGAACUCUGUUUUUGACAAGAAAAUAUUGCAAUUUCUAUUGUCAAUGAGGCUCUUUAAUGAGCUUAAGAGUGUUGAAAAAUGCUUGACUGCAUCAUUAUCACAGUUUGCGUGACUCGCGUUCCUGAAGAUGGUACGUCACACGAGCCAUUCAAGAAAAUUAUAGACUUCGUGCAUCAUCUAAUCUUUGGAUAAACGAAUUUAUGAAUAAUCGGUAUAAUAGCGAGAUAAAAUAAAACCUAUUAACUUUUCUAGUAUAAAUAAACAUGUUCAGUGUUGAGCAGUAGUACACAGGAAAAAAGCAACGAAAAUGAAGAGUACUACAUUCAGUCUGGCUCUGGUAGCCUCGUUUGUCGCUGUGAGCUUAGCCCAGCAGUCGAGUUUUUGCCAUAUUAAAUCUUGCAAGAGCCAACCCCACACGCUCUGCAAGUUCGCCUUUGAAAAGCCAAGCCGUGCAUGCGGCAAAGUCGUAUCGUCCCAAGUGACUCAACAAGAAAAGGAUGAAAUCAUCUCUGUUCACAACAAAUUGAGAAAGAAGGUUGCCUCUGGGCAGGAAAAACGUGGACAUCCAGGACCUCAGCCUGCUGCUAAGUCCAUGCCAGAUUUGACAUGGUCCAAUGAACUUCAGGGCAUUGCUCAGACCUGGGCCGACCAGUGCAUAAACGACCACGAUAAGUGCAGAGAUCUUCCUAACCAAGAGGUUGGACAGAACAUAUUUUGGGGAUCUGCUGGUGGACCUAAUGACAUAAGUUUGACAUUCUUGAUGCAAGGCUGGUACGACGAAGUCAAACACGUUAAUCCGAAAAUCGUGAAGAAAUAUGUUUUCAAAGAGGAGUACGCUCAUUACACUCAAAUAGUGUGGGCCAAAACGACCCAGGUAGGCUGCGGUGUCAUUCGUUAUACCAAAACCCACGGCGAAGACUACGAAAUAUUCUUCGUAUGCAACUACGGACCAUCCGGAAACGUAGAAACUCUACCGAUGUACGAAACGAAAUAAGAAUUCCUGCGUGCGUCUCGCCGUACAUUCCUACGCCUUAAUAUGAUGGUUUUAGGGCUUUUAUUGUUUUCCUUUAAAUUUAUGUAAUGUUCAAUUUAAAGGAAUGUAGAAGUUAAUGCAUUAUUUUAUCAAUCUAUAAAACUGUAUCGUCCCUUAAUUUCGAACCGAAUAAAAUCUCUUCUGAAAACUA